AUGCAACGUGACAAGUAUAAUAUCAAGAUGGCGGGCCUCCGGGAUUGCGUCGCACGUUACUUCCCUUUUCAAAAUAUCCAGGAUGUCGUAAAAUUGUUUGAAGAACAGUUAAACAAACCCGAAGAUCCAGAUUUAACACUCCUUUCUAUUGUGCUUGGUGCAAUUGAGAAUAUUUUAACUGUCAAUCGCACUGUCCUAACUGAUGUUGAUUGUUCGAAAAGUCUGGAGCCAAUUUUUCCAGCUAUCGAAUUUUCAACAGUUGAGGUUCUUUACAAUAAGUUUGUUACAAUUGUGAAAAGUUCCGUAGAUUUAACAGAAUAUAAAUCAGAGUAUGCUACUCGUGAGCUGGUCAAGAAAGUAUCAGAUGUAAUUUGGAGCUCCCUCACUCGCAGUAAUUACAAAGAUAAAGCUCACCUACAAUCACUUUAUAGCUUUUUGACAGGUAAGUCGAUUCUUGCACUACUUUGGCUGUUGCAUGACAUGGGUUACUUAUCAAAAUAUCCAAUGGCUCUUGGAAAUUUGGGUGACCUUGAAGAAAUUUCCCAAUCUCCUGGUAGACCACCUCCACUAACAUUAUUUCAAGAAAGCAUUGAUGCAGAUAAGAGAUAUUAUGAUAAUCAACAUGUUUAUCCUUACACCUACAUGGGAGCAUUUCUCUUCAGAAAUGGCCAAUACAAAGCUGCGCUUAGUUGUUGGUCAAAUGCUAGUGCUGUCAUGAAAGGAUAUAAUUACAACCGUGAAGAUGAAGAAAUUUACAAAGAGUUUCUAGAAAUUGAUACUGAUUUCAUUCCGCAAAUUGUUAAAUCUGUUGACAGACAUAAAAAGGGUAGCAUUUUAAGAGAUCCAGAAUGCUAUGCUGAUUUGCUGAGAUUCUACGAUGGUAUUUGUGAAUGGGAAGAAGGCAGUUCAACUCCAGUCCUGCAUGUUGGCUGGGCAACACACUUAGUAUUUUCAUUGACUAAAUUUGAUUCACGAGUUCGACAAAGCAUUGAUCUGCGCAUUGAAGACAAAGAAGAAGAAUUGGAAGCCGAAGAUACAAUACCGGAUGAGAUGAAAGAGAAUGCUGACAAUGAAAACAAUAUCGAGAAAAAUGAUGAGACCUCAGUUACAGAAAGUUUGAACAAAAAAUAUUCUAAAAAGCGACGCCGCAAAUCAGGACAAUCACUGAAGUUUGACAACAAAAAACACAAUAAUAAUAACAAUGAUGAAACUAGUGAUCAAAAUAAGAUUCUGUGGGAUGUUACAAAGUUCAAUGGCAAGUCAAGUGAGGACCAAAUUAAAUGUGCUAUAGAAGAAUUAGUGUCCAAGACUGAAGAAGAUGGUCAAGAUAAUAUCCCAAAUUCUAAUAUAACUGCUUUGGCACAGGCAUGCGGAGAGUCAAUAUUGAACCCUGAUUAUUUGCUUGGCAGUGGGGAGCCAUUUGCUUUAGCUUCGGCUACAGGCGGCGCUACUAAUGCAGAUACUAAAGUUGAUUACGAUGAAUUUCUCAGUACCAAGUCAAAUGGAACACCGUUCUUUGGCAUGACAGUGGAUUCUCUUCUUAAAGCUGAAAGUCCUGCUGACAUGAUGAUGUGUCGAAAGUCUGCUGAUGGGGCAGCAAACUCUUAUGCGUUGCCAACUGUCUCCCUAGCUUUACGGAGUAAAAAAAUGAAAGGUUUGAGGAAAAUCUUGCAGUCAGCUAAACUGAAUGCGAGUGCUAUAAAACUUCAGCUUACUGCACAAUCCCAAGUAGAAUUCAGGCAUAAUAAGCGUGGUCUAGAAGCUGCUGAUCAGACUUCAACAAGGAAACGUCUGCGACGAGAGUAACCAAAUUGUUUUAAAACUCUUCUCUUCGAUUUUAUUUUUGUAAAGAAAAUAGGAAAAAUCUUUUGUUUUUA